GCAACACAAUUCACAAACGUCUUCAGUUGUUAAGAAGUGCCAAACUUAAGAAAAAACAAAUCUUCAAAAUGUUCAAAUUGUUCACUGUCUGCUUCUUUGCUCUCUUGGCUGUCGCUUUCGCUGCUGCUAAGCCCGGUAUAUUGGCUGCCCCAGCUGCCCUUGCCUACACCGCCCCAGUGGCUUACACCGCCGGUUAUGCGCCCUACAUUGCUCCCUAUGCCAGCAGCUAUUCGGCUCAUUCGAUUGCCCACUCUGCCGCCUACCCAGCUGCUUAUGCCGCGCCCGCCGUUGCUGUGCUGCGAAAAUAGAGACUUUUCCAUAACUGGUGCUGAAAAUAGCAUACAAUAUACAUAUUGUAUAAAAUGUGCUGAAGCUAGCUGUUGCGAACAGGAAUAAAUGAGAUUUGAAGAUUAUGCA